GAGGAAAGACCCCCUUGGGGCUAACCCUGCCCACGUCUGAGAAAGCGGACAGACUUGGCUAGGGAAAAGCAGCUUUGGCCGUGGCCCAAAGGGGAUGGGGGCAAAACAGAGACCUAGAAAGACCAAUAAAGGCAAGCACUGUGACAAAUGCAGGCACGUAGCUGCUUCUCCAUGUGGCCCCCUACGCAGUGCUGUUCCGGAGGGUCUGCGCAAGUCACCUGUGCACGGUUUGUGUGGGUUUGUGAGCCCACCCCCUCUGCGUGUGCACCGGCCCCUAUCCCUUGCGCUUGGAAAGGCAAAGGAGAAGCCUCACUGUGAUCCUUCCAAGCGGAGAGAGAACAGGCCGUGAGAGGCAGGCCGUCCAGCCUCAUUCCUCCAGCUGUGGCAGUGGCACAGGACCCCCAGUGUGCCUGGCUCAGGCUCCUGGGUUCCUCAUCCCAUACCGCCCUUGAGUCUAGCCCAGGCAAUGGUGACAGUACACUUUCUGCUGCCCUUUGACCCUGUCAUUGAGGCCAAGAAAGUAUGCGACCGGGACCUUGGGAGAGUACUGGAUGAGCCUGCGUGUGAGGGUCACGUGGGAAGCGGAAAUUAUCCGGGACUGGCCAGGCCCUGGGCUGUGUCAGUGGGAGCCCUUCUUCAGACUCUUCCCAGCCCAGCCGCCAAGCUGCGCUGCCCUCCCGGGGCUCCUCCCAGUCAGGUGUCAGCAGUGGAGAGAAAACUCAAACCGGCCUAGGCUGCUUGCUGGCUCCCAGGCUUGGAAUUGGAGGGCGGGACAGGGCGGGGUGGGAACAGCAGCUGCCUGCUGGGAGCCAAACCGAAAGUACUCUGCUGGAAGUGGACUGGGAGUCGGGGCUCUGGGAGUAUGGAGUCUACGAGCUCUCCAACACUGGAGUCCUGAAGGCCGAGCAGCAGCUCCAGCCCUCACCACCCACAGGCCCCCGGCUGAGUGAGGACAGACAGGAGGCAUCUGCUCCCCCCCCACGGGGGGGGGCAGGACAGGGCCGCAGGCCUGGGUGCUGCCUGGCACCUGAAAGAUGCCUGUGCCCUGGUUCCUGCUGUCCUUGGCACUGGGCCGAAACCCUGUAGUCAUCUCUCUGGAGAGGACUGUGGGGCCUCAGGAUACUGCCCGCUGUUCUCCAGGCCUCUCCUGCCACCUCUGGGACAACGACGUGCUCUGCCUCCCAGGGAGCAUCGAGUCUGCCCCAGGCCCUGUGCUGGUGCCCACAUACCUACAGACAGAGCUGGUGCUGCGGUGCCAUCAGGAGACCAGCUGUGAUCUCUGUGUGCGCGUGACCGUCCACUUGGCUGUGCAUAUCCUUUCAGGGCACCGGGAAGAGCCUGAAGACAAGAAGUGGGGAGGAACCGCUGAGCCAGAGCUCAAGGAGCCUGGGAACGCCUCUCUCCAGGCCCAGGUUGUGCUGUCCUUCCAGGCCUAUCCCACUGCCCGCUGCGUCCUGCUGGAGGUGCAAGUGCCCGCAGCCCGGGUGCGACCCGGUCAGUCCGUGGGCUCUCUGGUAUUUGAUUGCUUUGAGGCUGCUCUUGGAGCUGAGGUUCAAAUCUGGUCCUACACUCAGCCUCGGUACCAGAAGGAACUCAACCUCACGCAGCAGCUGCCUGACUGCAGGGGUCUCCAAGUCCGGGACAGCGUCCAGAGCUGCUGGGUCCUCCCCUGGCUCAGCGUGGCUGCAGAUGGUGACAACGUGCAGCUGGUGCUCAACGUCUCCAGGGUGCAACGUUUCGGCCUCUUACUCUACUGGAGUCAGGUCCAGGGUCCCCUAAAACCCUGGUGGCACAGGAACCUGACUGGGCCCCAGACCAUCACCUUGAACCACACUGACCUGGUUCCCUGUCUCUGUAUCCAGGUGUGGCCUCUGCAGCCUGACCCAGUCAGGACAAGCAUCUGUCCCUUCAAGGAAGAUCCUCGAGCACACAGGAACCUGUGGCGAGCAGCCCAUCUGCGGCUGCUGUCUCCAAGAAGCUGGCGGCUGGACGCGCCAUGCUCCCUGCCUGCAGAGGUGACACUGUGCUGGCAGUCUCCAGGAGGGGAUCCCUGCCAGCCGCUGACCCCACCACUGUCCCCGGAGAAUGUCACUGUGAAUACUGCUAUCAAGUUUCCGGUGCUGAAGGGCCACCCCAACCUCUGCGUCCAGGUGCGCAGCUGGAAGAAGGUUCAGCUCCAUGAGUGCUUGUGGUCUGACUCCCUGGGGCCCCUCAAGGAUGACGUGCUUCUGGUGGAGAUCCAAGGCCCACAUGACAACAGAUCUCUCUGUGCCUUGGAACCUAGUGGCUGCACUCCACUGCCCAGCAGGGCUGCCACAAGGGCAGCUCGCCUGGGAGAGCAGUUGUUGCAAGACCUACAUGCAGGCCAGUGUCUGCAGUUAUGGGAUGAUGAUGUGGGAGCACUGUGGGCCUGCCCAUUGGACAAGUAUACCCACAAGCGCUGGGCACUGGUGUGGCUGGCUUCCCUGCUCCUCCUCGCUGCUGCGUUUCUCCUCCUGCUGCUGCUCCGGAAGGAUCGCGGGAAAGCUACCGCCGGGAUCCGCGCGGCCCUGCUGCUCUACUCGGCGGACGACGCGGCCUUUGAGCGCCUGGUGGGAGCGCUGGCGUCGGCGCUGAGCCGGCUGCCGCUGGGGGUGGCCGUGGACCUAUGGAGCCGGCGCGAGUUGAGCGCGCAGGGCCCGGUGGCCUGGCUACACGCGCGGCGGCGGCAGACUCUGCAGGAGCGCGGCGUGGUGGUGCUGCUCUUCUCACCCGGCGCUGUGGCGCUGUGCCGACAGUGGCUGCAGGGUGGGCCGCCGGUGCCAGGAGCGCACGGCCCGCACGACGCCUUCGCCGCCUCGCUUAGCUGCGUGCUACCCGACUUCCUGCAGGGGCGGGCGCCGGGCCGCUACGUGGGCGCCUGCUUCGACGGCCUGCUGGCCCCGGACGCCGUGCCCGCGCCCUUCCACGCCGCGCCGCUCUUCUCCCUGCCUUCGCAGCUGCGCGGCUUCCUGGGCGCCCUCCAGGGGCCCCAUGCCGCGCGCUUCGGGCGGCUGGAGGAUAGCGCAGAACAGGUGGCCCGCGCCCUUCGGCCGGUCCUGGACAGCUGCUUUCAGCCUCCGCGGCUCGGGAUGGGCCCAGAGGCGGGGGCGGGACUUGAAUAAAGAGAACUGGUUUUCUAGG